AUGGCAAUUCACCGUUUUGUAUUGUUAGUUAGUUUGAGUCUGGUGUUGUUUGGUCUAGAAACGGCCGUGUCACAGCGACAACAACAGUCACAAGUCCCAUGUUUAUACAUCUUUGGUGACUCCUUAGUCGAUAACGGAAACAAUAACAGUUUGAGUCUGGUGUUGUUUGGUCUAGAAACGGCCGUGUCACAGCGACAACAACAGUCACAAGUCCCAUGUUUAUACAUCUUUGGUGACUCCUUAGUCGAUAACGGAAACAAUAACAGGAUUCGUGGCCAGGCUUUGCUAAGAGGUGCGAAUUUCGCAUCUGGUGCCGCCGGCAUCAGGGAUGAGACCGGUGACAACUUGGGUGCGCAUACUUCUAUGAACCAGCAGGUUAAUUCUUACACGAACGCGGUUCAACAAAUGCUUCAAUACUUCAGAGGAGACACAAAUGAGCUCCAAAGAUACUUAAGCCGUUGUAUCUUUUAUUCGGGAAUGGGAAGUAACGAUUAUCUCAACAACUACUUCAUGCCUGACUUUUACUCAACCAGUUCCGAUUUCAACGACAAAACCUAUGCCGAGUCUCUCAUUAAAAACUACACACAACAGCUCACUCGGUUGUACCAAUUUGGAGCCCGGAAGGUGAUUGUUACGGCAGUCGGACAAAUCGGGUGCAUACCUUAUGAGCUAGCCCGUUAUAAUAACCGCAACAAUAGUACAGGCAGGUGCAAUGACAAGAUUAACAAUGCAAUUGUGUUGUUCAACUCUCAGCUCAAGAAACUAGUUGAUCGUUUCAACAAUGGUCAAUUGCAAGGAGCCAAGUUUGUUUACCUUGAUACCUACAAAAGCACUUCAGAUCUUGCUGCCAAUGGAGCCGCUUACGGAUUUGAGGUGGUGGACAAAGGUUGUUGUGGGGUUGGGAGGAACAAUGGUCAGAUAACGUGUUUACCCCUGCAGCAGCCGUGCAGUGACCGGACCAAGUAUCUCUUUUGGGAUGCGUUUCACCCGACCGAGACGGCUAACAUACUUCUGGCCAAGUCUAAUUUCAACUCUCGAGCUUACGCUUACCCCAUUAACAUUCAAGAACUAGCCAAUCUUUGA